AAGAGCAUUGCCGGGGGGCUGGAGCUGCCACGGAGAAGCCGGGAUGAGCGGAGGGGUCUACGGUGGAGAUGAGGUUGGGGCACUGGUUUUUGACAUUGGCUCCUUCUCUGUACGGGCUGGCUAUGCUGGAGAAGACUGCCCUAAGGCAGAUUUCCCCACGACGGUGGGUUUUCUGUCCCAUGACGAGUCGGCUAUGGAGCUGGAUGGAGACAAGGAGAAGAAGGCUGGGAAAGUCUAUUACAUCGACACCAAUUCCCUGCAUGUGCCGCGGGAGAACAUGGAGGUCGUCUCGCCGCUCAAGAAUGGGAUGAUUGAAGACUGGGACUGCUUCCAGGCCAUCCUGGACCACACCUACAACAAGCAUAUCAAGUCGGAGCCCAGCCUGCAUCCCGUGCUCAUGUCUGAGGCCCCGUGGAACACGCGUGCCAAGCGGGAGAAGCUGACAGAACUGAUGUUUGAGCAUUACGGCAUCCCGGCCUUCUUCCUCUGCAAGACAGCUGUGCUGACAGCGUUUGCCAACGGGCGCAGCACCGGCCUCGUCUUGGACAGCGGGGCGACCCACACCACGGCCAUCCCUGUGCACGAUGGCUACAUCCUCCAGCAAGGAAUCGUGAAAUCCCCCCUGGCUGGUGACUUUAUCUCCAUGCAGUGUCGAGAACUUUUCCAAGAGAUGAACAUUGAGAUAAUUCCACCAUAUAUGAUCGCAGCCAAGGAGCCCGUGCGUGAAGGGGCCCCACCCAACUGGAAGAAGAAAGAGAAGCUGCCGCAAGUUAGCAAGUCUUGGCACAAUUACAUGUGUAAUGAAGUCAUUCAAGAUUUUCAAGCUUCUGUACUGCAAGUCUCUGAUUCUCCCUAUGAUGAACAGGUAGCAGCCCAGAUGCCCACUGUGCACUACGAAAUGCCCAACGGCUAUAAUACAGACUACGGGGCAGAACGCCUCCGAAUCCCAGAAGGGCUGUUUGACCCCUCCAAUGUGAAGGGCCUGUCUGGGAACACGAUGUUGGGGGUCGGCCACGUGGUCACGACCAGCAUCGGGAUGUGCGACAUCGACAUCCGACCUGGACUCUAUGGCAGUGUCAUCGUCACCGGCGGAACCACUUUGCUGCAAGGUUUUACAGAUCGCCUCAACCGAGAACUGUCGCAGAAAACGCCACCAAGCAUGCGACUGAAGCUUAUCGCCAGCAACAGUACCAUGGAAAGGAGGUUCAGCCCGUGGAUCGGGGGCUCCAUUUUGGCUUCUCUGGGCACCUUCCAGCAAAUGUGGAUUUCCAAGCAGGAGUAUGAAGAAGGGGGGAAGCAGUGCGUGGAGCGGAAAUGCCCCUGAGCAAACACACCAGCCCCCCAUCUCUCUCACCCCGGGACCCCUAUAUGGAUGCUGCUGCCCUCCCCCACUUCGCCCUAGGGCAACGGUACCUUGGACUGCCACCCCCUCAAACAUGGACCUGGCAAUGGCCCCCAAGCGAGGCUCUGACUCCGUGCCCCCCCACCUGCUUCCCAAACGUUUGGGGGUGCUGAUCCCUUUCAUCCUCCCCCCCUCCCCACAUCUCCCUUCCCACUUCCUGCUGGCAGCAGAUGGGAAAGUCUACAACGCAGAGCCUUGUGCAAGAGAUGGGAGGGGCGGGGCUGAGCUCUGAACAGCAGCCAGGGAAAGGGGGGGCUCUUGCCUGAAGGAGAGGCUUCUCUUCUUCCCUCUCGUCUGCUUAUGACCCCCCCCCCAUCUGGAGAUCUUAUCCAUCCGCUGUGUGGUGACGUUUCGGUUGCUGAAUUUACGGUUUACAGUUUUGGUGUUGGCAAAACAAUAAAUGUGUUUUUAAAAAA